UGAGGUUUCAUGAGCUGUCUGUCAGAUCGCCAUGCUUGCGAUCGCGCACGGAUAAGUACCCCAGCCAAUCAUACCGAGGCUUUUUUGAGCGAGACCGCGUGGCGUUGAGUUUCUCGACGCGUUAUCACGUGUCGGAGCUGUGAACAACCACCCGCGGACCUUGAAAGUCCGCCCCUGCCCUUCUCUACUCGGACUUUCGGACUUCAAGACCAAUGUCACUUCCCGCUGCCUUGGCGAAUGAUGCGCGCGGGCGGGAGGUCUCACGCUCUGUAGGCAGCUGUCUUGGUCUCGGCGCCCGCGGACGGGCACGAGCAGCUGUAUCUGGUCCUGAAAUAAGUGAGUAGGUGACUUGAGUUCCUAGUACUGUACAACAACUUCCACCCCUUACUAUGCCAUCGGAGGCAAAACCAAGGACCUCGCCAUCAUGGCGCAAGAGCGAAGACGAAAAGAAGAGCAGCACUUCGGAGGAUGACAAAACGAAACAAGAUGAAGGCAGAGGUGGAAUGGGACCAUAUGUUCGCGUGUUCACCUACGCAGAUAGAACGAGUUGGCUGCUGAACGGCAUUGCUGUCAUCGCUGCCAUUGCAGCCGGCACUUUGCUUCCACUGAUGGAUUUGGUGUUUGGCAAAUUCGUUACUGCCUUCAACGAUUUUGCUGUUGGGGCCAUUGGUCCAGCUGAAUAUCGUUCUGAAGUAAACAAAUACACCCUCUAUUUCUUGUAUUUAUUUGUCGCUAAGUUUGCUUGCGUCUAUAUCCAUUCAGUUUCGAUCUCCAUCUCUGCGAUCCGUACAACGAAAGCGCUUCGGAUCGACUUUAUCAAACACAUUCUGCGACAGAACAUCGCCUAUUUUGAUUCAGACGCAGCUGCUUCUGUCACUGUUCAGGCCACUACUAAUGGAAAUAACGUCAACAACGGGAUCUCGGAGAAGUUGACUAUCACCAUACAGGGUGUGUCAACCUUUGUGACCGCGUUCAUUGUCGCUUUCGUCGUUCAAUGGAAGCUUACCCUAAUCACGUUAGGAAUUGUUCCUGCCAUUCUAGUUGUCACUGCUGUUUGUAUCGGUAUCGACACAAACAAUGAGGCGCAGCUGCUUCCGAUUUACUCCAGGGCCGGGCUGAUUGCCGAAGAAGUGUUCUCUACUGUUCGAACAGUCCACUCUUUCUGGCUCAAUCCAUUACUGUCGAAAAAAUACGACAAGCUUCUUGAUGAAGCUAUGAAGGUCGGUUUGAAGAAAUCGCCUAACUACUCCAUUAUGUUCUCAGUCGAAUUCUUCUGCGUCUAUUGUGGAUAUGCAUUAGCUUUCUGGCAAGGAAUUCGUCGAUACCACAGUGGCGAAAUUAGCGAAUCUGGUGAUGUCUUCGUAGUCAUUCUGGCGGUUAUCGUUGCUGCAACAGCAAUGACCCAGAUCGCUCCACAGAUUUUAGCUUUCACCAAAGCAUCGUCAUCGGCAGAAGAAAUCUUCAAGACGAUUGACCGACAGUCUGAGAUCGAUCCACUCAGUGAAGAAGGCCAGGUCCCCGCCGCUUGCUACGGGGACAUACAAAUCAAGGGCGUCAGCUUUGCGUAUCCUGCUAGACCUGAUGUCGCCGUCCUUUGCGAUCUGCAAUUGUCAGUCCCUGCUAAUAAGACAACUGCGCUGGUAGGCGCAAGCGGAUCCGGGAAAUCCACCAUCAUUGGCCUACUAGAACGAUGGUACAAUUUUCCCAGUGGCACAAUUCAGCUUGAUGGAGUCGACAUUCGACAACUCAAUCCGCACUGGCUGAGAACCAACGUUCGUUUAGUACAGCAGGAGCCCGUACUUUUUGCAGGUACUGUGUACGACAAUGUCGCAUAUGGUCUUUUUGGAACGCCCAAGGCCAAUCUCCCAGCGGCCGAACAGCGCGCACUCGUGGAAAAGGCUUGCAAAGAUGCUUUUGCUGAAGAAUUCAUCGAACGUUUGCCGAACGGUUACGAUACUCAGCUCGGUGAGCGGGCGAUGAAUCUCUCUGGUGGACAAAAGCAAAGGCUCGCUAUUGCGCGCAGCAUCGUCUCUGAACCCAGAGUCCUGCUGCUUGACGAAGCUACUAGUGCUUUGGACCCUAACGCUGAGAGAGUAGUACAGCAGGCGCUGGACCGGGUAUCCAAGGAUCGAACGACCAUCGUCAUUGCACACAAACUUUCUACGAUUCGUAAUGCAGACAACAUAGCUGUCAUGGCCAACGGAGCUGUGGUCGAACAGGGCACUCAUGACGACCUACUCGCUCGAAACGGUGCAUACUCUCGCCUUGUCAGGGCGCAAGACCUUGGCAACGUUGGUGCUAAAGAUGAUGACGAGGUUGAUGAAAAGGAAGGCGCCGAUGAGAUGGAACUUGUCCGAACUCGAACGCAGGUAUCUGGCGUCAGAGAACCUUCGAAAGAGCAUACGAAGGAUGGCAUUCACUUCAACCUCAUUCAUUGCAUCUGGAUCAUCUUCAGAGAGCAGAAGUGUCUUUACAAAUGGUACCUGGUCCUCGGGUUAGCGACUUUAGCAGGAGGCGCGACAUACCCUGCUCAAGCUGUCCUUUUCUCUCGAGUAGUCGAGGCUUUCCAAUUAAGCCCUGAAAGGGGUACGGAGCAGGGCGACUUCUAUUCAUUGAUGUUCUUCAUUGUUGCGCUUGGCAAUCUGUUUGUGUUUGCUGCUGUAGGCUGGGCGAGCAAUAUCGUUGCGCAACACGUAUCGAGGCAGUAUCGCCGUGAGAUAUUCGAUCUAGUCUUGAAACAGGAUAUGGCUUUUUUCGAUGAUCCAGCCAAUGCCAGCGGUGCGCUGGCUUCCAAUCUCUCCUCUUAUCCAACCAACAUUUUGGAGACUAUGGGUUUCAACGUCAUGCUAAUACUAAUUAAUAUUGUUAAUGUACUGUCAAGUUCCAUUUUGGCUAUAGCGAUCGGUUGGAAACUUGGCUUGGUGGUUGUCUUCGGAGCUCUACCGCCACUUGUGUCUUCUGGCUACGUUCGAAUUAGGCUUGAGUUCAAACUCGAGGAAGACACUGGCAGGAGGUUCGCUAGUAGCGCGGCGUUGGCUGCCGAGGCAGUGUCUGCUAUCCGCACAGUCUCCAGUCUAGCACUAGAGAACUAUAUCCUCGCCCAGUAUCAGGAGCGCUUAAACGGAGUCGCCCUACGGUCGAUCAAAGCCCUUGUUUGGACGAUGUUCUGGUAUGCCCUUUCGCAAUCGAUUUCCUUCCUAGCGAUGGCACUUGGUUUCUGGUACGGCGGUCGUUUGAUCAGCUACUACGAGUAUACCACAACACAAUUCUUCACUGUUUUCAUAGCGGUCAUCUUCUCGGGAGAAGCUGCCGCCGCGUUUUUCUCGUACACCACAAGUCUGACCAAGACAACGACCGCUGCCAACUACAUCUUUUGGCUGCGUCGUUUGCAGCCUGCUGUGCAGGAAGACGCGUCGAAACCACCCUUCGAUGAUGGCAGCGACAAAGGUCCAACACAUAUCGAAGUACAAGACGUUGACUUUGCCUACGAAUCUCGACCGCAUGCUAAGGUUCUCGAGGGGGUCGAUGUUGAUGUGCGCCCUAGUCAGUUCAUCGCAUUUGUAGGUGCAAGUGGCUGCGGCAAGUCAACAAUGAUCGCACUCCUCGAACGGUUCUAUGAUCCAAGCUCUGGAGGCAUACUGUGCGAUGGUGUUGCUGUACCUGAUUUAUGUCCUCGCAAGUACAGAAGGGAGAUUGCCCUUGUACAACAAGAGCCUGUUCUGUAUCAGGGAUCCAUUCGUGAUAAUAUCGCCAUGGGAGUCGAAACAGAAGUCACUGACACUCAAGUUCAGGAUGCAGCGGAGCAGUCCAACAUUCUCGACUUCAUCAGAUCCUUACCUGAAGGCUUCUCAACCCUGUGCGGUAAUAGAGGCACGCAGCUCAGCGGUGGCCAGAGACAACGUAUUGCAAUUGCACGCGCGCUUAUACGCCAACCGCGUCUGCUGCUUCUGGACGAAGCGACAUCUGCACUCGACACAGAAUCUGAAAAGGUCGUCCAGGCUGCACUUCAUAAAGCAAAGAGCGGUCGCACGACCAUUGCGGUUGCUCAUCGUCUGAGCACCAUCAAGGACGCCGAUUGUAUUAUUGUAUUUGCAAGAGGAAAGAUCAUUGAGAAAGGAUCACACAGGGACCUGCUUGCGAAACGCGGAGUGUACUAUGAGAUGAGCCUCGGGCAGAGCUUCGACAAGCAGAUACCAAGCUAAAGUUUAUACAACAGAUAGCAAGAACAGAUAGCAAGGAUCUACAUGAUGUCAGUCUCGACUCAAGGCUUGACACAGC